CCUGAUCUUACAUCAACUCCGAACUUUGUGGUGGAAGUAAUAAAAGAUGAUACAAAACAGACCCUUGUUCUUGACUGCCAUUAUCCCGAAGAUGAGGUUGGACAUGAGGGAGAGGAAGAAAGUGAUAUUUUCACAAUUCGGGAGGUCAGUUUUCAGCCCACUGGAGAAUCGGAUUGGAAGGACACCAACUACACCCUCAAUACGGAUUCCCUUGACUGGGCUCUCUAUGAUCACUUAAUGGAUUUCCUGGCUGAUCGAGGAGUGGAUAACACCUUUGCUGAUGAGUUAAUAGAGCUCAGCACUGCACUGGAGCACCAGGAGUACAUUAAAUUCCUUGAAGACCUUAAAAGCUUUGUCAAAUGUCAAUAGGUUAGGCUAGGAAACUUAUCUUCAAGUGUGGGUAUUCCACAGCACUGCUCCAGCCACCAAUACCCAAAUAUAUCUUCACAACAGAUACAGAGAGUAAGUAACUUUGAAUUUGGAGAAUGAGGAUUCUCACUUGUAUUUUGGGAUUCCUAUUUAUGUUGCAGCCCAGAUCAAGUUCUCUAACGUUAUGGUCCUGAAUUGCCUCACCCUGCUUGGUGGGUUUUGUACAAUUAAGGAUUGAAUGUGAAGAAUAAAAAUCUGUUCAACAUA